AUGGAAGGAUUUAAGUUUUUAGUAUCUAUUUUAAUUUUUAAAUUAAUAUCUGUUGUUUGUUGUUUAGAAGACCACAUUUUGAAUUUGACUUACGUUUGUCUUCAUAAUUCCGAAUGUCAUUUAACAUUUAAAUUUGAUUAUAAACCCGAAAUAAUAUACAUAGCCCGUCAUGGACAGUGUACUGGACCAAAAACUGUUGGUAAAAUUGUUCUCGAUCUUAUUGAAUUACAAGAUGUGCCACCCGGUAUAUCACAACCACCGUUAAAGUAUUUUAAAGCAAUUUUUAAGGUCGAUACUAGAGAAUCUAAGGGAACCAUAUGUCUAUUCAAAACAGCUGAUGCAUCCUCUCCUUUAGAUGUGAGAUUUAUUCAAUUUUAUGAUGUUUCCUACUUUUAUUCAAUAGACGAUAAUAACUAUUUGGGAAUGAUUUUGGAUAAAUACUUUCAAGAAAAUAUAGAUCUAGUGGUUUCUAAUAAGUAUGAAUAUGGAAAUCCUACGAACACUAGUAAUUUUAUAUCUUGUGAUGAUAAAAUGGUUUCAUACUUCCAUUUAAACAAUGUUAUAGAACAAUCCAAGCCAUUUACUGAUGUUUUCAUAUUUCUUUUAUUCAAGUCACAGACUACCCAUCCUACAUUUUUGUACCAAACAUCUGUAUUUAAUCACAGUAAUAUAUUGUCAUUUGAUCAUAAAGUAGUCGACAAGCAAAUUAUCGCAGAAAUAAAAUUCCAAAAUCCAGAAUCUUUUAAACAAAAUGAAAAUUCUCUGUUUGGUGAUAAUAAAAUUUUCUUAAGCGCUCAGUCUACAGAAGAUAUUGACGGACUCGAAUCCAAAUGUGGAGGUGAAAACUUACAAUGGAGAGUACAAAACUUACCUUAUAAAAUAUCCGAUAGUGGAAUUAUAUUUUUACUUCCAUUGGAUCUUUAUGGGAAAACAGUAAGAAUAUGUGCUUCAUUCACAGUUGAUAAGUCAGAAGAUUACAAAAUACCACUAUAUUCUUUUGAAGUGAAUGAUAAGACCUCUGGAUACUUUAAAAAUGUAUUUUAUUCAAACCCAUUGGGAAUAACUGAAAUUAAGUUAAAUUCAGAUUUUCAUCCUCUGAGCGAAAUAAUGUUAGUCCAUGCCUGUGAUCUAGUUAGUGUUUCUGUAUAUCCCAGGUCAAUAUUUGAUACAAGUAAAUGCUAUAGUACUAGUGACCAUAAAAUAGCCAAUAAUAAGCUCCUGACAAAAUAUAAUUCAAAUUUUUCUUAUAAUCCAGAAGAGUUAUACCGUUCAUUAUACUACAAAGAUAUUCUUUUUGAUGAUUUUAUUCCUCACAAACCUGUAUACCUACCGGAUAAGAGUGUGGUCUCAGAAUCUGGAACCAAGUGGAUUAAAAAUGGUAUGUUUUUACCAAGACUAUACUUGGAUAACCUUCAUCCAUACUUGUUGGUAGCAUGUGACCGUUGGAAACAUCCAUUUUGCUUUACACAAGAUGACUUUGAUUCAAUCAUUGGAAUAGUUUUCCCAUCGAAAAGAAGUUUUUUAGAAUUUACAGCUAAAUGGGAAAAUGAAGAUAUGAUAGUUGAAAUAAAAACUAAUUCUUCAGAACAAUUUCUAGUCAAACUAAUUAUGUCGAGAAAUAUGCAAUAUACAGACUACCAAUCAAUAUGCAAUGGAAGAAGAGGAGUUUAUCCAGAUUCAUAUAAUAAAAGAAGUGAGGACUCCUGGAAUUAUUAUAAAAACACUUUUAAGGGAUUGAAACUAGGGAAAAUAUAUUACGUCUGCCUAAUAAAUCUUAAGGUACACAAUAAACUAACAAAAAAGUUUAAUGAAAUAUAUUCAACCCAAGGUAACUCGGAUUAUUCUGGAGUAGAUUGUAAUCCAAAAUUUGAAAUAUCAUGGGAUUUUAUAGGAGUAAUUAAUACCCAAACACCCCUUUCUGGCACACAUUUUAUAAUUAAUAGACAUGGUAGUGUAUCUAAGAUAAUUUUUCCAACCACAGGAUUCCUAGAUGAGUCAAAUUUUGUUAGGUUUUUCUUGUCAAAUGACCUCUCAGCCAAUUGUAAAAUACUAAAACCAACAGAAUUAACACCAUUAACUACAUCUAAGAACGAGUACUCAAGUUUCAUAACAAUUGUUAAAGAACAUUACUCAUAUAAAGACAUAAUGAAAGAAUCUACAAAACCUGAAGGAUUUUGGCUCCCUGAUGAUGGAAGUCAUUGGAUAUCAUUUGGAAAUUAUAUUAGUUAUUUUGGUGAAUUUGAGCAAAACGAAAAUUUUUACAAGGUAUGUGCAUGUGUAGAUGGAGCAUGCUAUUUCGCAGGAAAUGCAAUUGAAUCUAAAAUGGAGUCUUUUGAACUGAACCAAAUUGUCAAGUCCAAUGAUUUUUAUGAUAGAUUUAUAUAUGGAACUAAUAUUUGCUUUUAUAAUAGAAGAAAAUUUUCAUGUUUUUCACAAACAGAUGAUCUUGAAACUUCAUUCAAAUAUGAUGUCAAAUUUGUUGUUCCUCAAGUCCAAAUCAACCAUUUAUCAUUUGACGAAGAAAAUGAAGUCUUGUGCUUAUUAUCACCAAAUUCAGUAUAUGUAUUCGAAAAUGAACCAGAACCUAAAAUUAUCAUUGAAGGAAUCAACAACAUGGAAAUGAUGUUCUCAUUUUCAGAUGUAACAUUUUUCGUAUGUCCAGAACAUAUUCAUAUUUCUGUGGGUGAAUCUAGUAUUGGACACUUGAUAAGUACUAAAAAAGCUGGACCAAAACUAAAAGCCAAAGAAACUAUAGUAUUCAGUGAAGAUAUUAACAAGUUGGAUUCUAUAAAAAUUCCAGUAACUGAUGAUAUCAACAAUGUACAUAUUUAUAGGGAGCAUGACAACUUUUAUUCAUGUUUUCUGAUAAAUGAACAUUUGUUUUUGGAAUAUUACAAAAUUGAUAUUGAUUUUAAAAAUAAAUCACAUUUCGCACAAAAGAUAGAUGUCAUUGACGUUAAAGAGUAUUUCCCUGAAGUAACGCAUGGAGUUAGGUUAAACGUAUCAACCAGACUCUUGGCCAAUCAAGAAAAGUUUAUUAUUUUUCUAAGUCAUCAAGAGUUUGAUGAAAUCAGAGUUUUUUUCCUAGUUGAUAAACAAAUAAAAUACUAUUCAAGUGUAAGAAGUAUUCCUGGAACCAUAGAUUUCAUAACAACAAAAACCCAUAUUAUGUCGUUGAACGUCAUUUUGUUUGAAGAUCAGUUUUCUGAAUAUGUUAUUCAGAUAGAGUACGACAACCUUCUUGAAGUAACAGUAAAAUAUCCAAAACUUACUGAACUCCAGUUCAAAAAUGAUUAUUCAUUCUUACCAGAAGUAACAAAUGGAGUUCCAUUGAAGUUUUACAUAUUUGAGUAUAUUGAAGACGAAAAUGUUUUGGAGGAAGAGAUACAGGAAACUGGAUUAAAAUUGAACCGAAAAACUGGAGAAAUUUUCGGUACCUCUCGUUUUAACGGUGAAGUUGAAGUAAUGCUUCAUGUAGAUUUUCUACUAGGAAAGACAACAGUACUUCUAAAACUACUUUCGAGGUGUCCCCUAGGACACCAGUAUUCACCACCAUUUAGAGAAUGUGCUGAAUGCGGGUUAGGAUAUUAUAGACAUAAACUAUCCCUAGAUACUUGUUUAAGAUGUGAUGAGUAUAUGGCUAAUACAACAACAAAAAAUUACGGUUCAACUAGUCCUCUAGAUUGUGUUUGCAAACCUGGAUUUUAUAGCUCUACUAAAGCAUGUCUAAUGUGCCCAGAAGGAAAGUAUAAUGACGAACUAGGUGCAAUUUCUUGUGAUAAAACAUGUCUACCCAAUCAAAUUAGUUCUGUGGUAGGCGCUUCGUCACGUGAAGAACUAAAAUGUACUUGUGUUGAGGGUUACUUUAAUAAGAAUGGAUGGUGCGAGGAAUGUUACCAAGGAACUUAUUGUCCAGGGAAUAAUGUCGUUUAUACCUGUCCAGAAAAUACAUCUACAAUAGGUCCUGGAAGCAAAUCAAUAAAUGACUGCCUAUGUAACCCAGGCUAUGAAUUCUUAGAAGAAGGUUGCAAACCAUGUAAUAUUCACUCAUAUAAAUCAACCAUUUCAAAUGAUAAAUGCACUUUGUGCUCUGCAGACACUCCAGACGAUGUAUAUUCAUACUCUAAAAACCCAGGAUCCACUAGUAAAGAUCAAUGCAUAUAUUGUAUGCCUGGCUAUUACCAUAACGGAAAAUCUUGCGUUCACUGUCCAGAUAAAUCCUUCUGUAAAGGAGCUAAUUUCGCUCCAAUUUCAUGUGGAGCUAACUCUAUAGUUAAGAAAGGUAUUUAA